CGACACCAUCACCACUCGUGGGAAGUUUCGAUACGCCUAGCGACGACGACCCCGACAACAGCCCUUCAACGGAAUUGCCAGUUCCCCUAAUUCAAAAUGACCAAGGGUACUUCGAGCUUCGGCAAGCGCCACAACAAGACUCACACUCUGUGCCGUCGUUGUGGCAAGCGGUCCUUCCACAUCCAGAAGUCGACCUGCGCCAACUGCGGCUACCCUGCUGCUAAGACCCGCAAGUUCAACUGGAGCGAGAAGGCCAAGCGCCGCAAGACCACCGGCUCCGGCCGCCUGCGCUCCCUCCGCGACGUCCACCGCCGCUUCACGAACGGCUUCCAGACCGGUACCCCCAAGGGCGCCCGUGGCCCCCAGAGCUCCUAAAUCAACAAUGUUUUCCCAUUCGGCGUCGCGUUUUCGUUGCUCGGAGAGGCUGGAAAAGAAAUGAGGGGUGGGUCGGACAUCCUGGCAUGACAUGGCCUAGCAUUGCGAGAUAGAUUUACUCGAAAUGCAAAUGGCAAUUCCGAAAUAAAAAUAUCGCUUUUUCUCGUGGAGUUGGUGUGGUUACGAUCGUCAAUCUCGUCCUUUGUUGCGUCACUUGCACAUAGCCUCGGGAACAGCAAACGGUUCGAGAGGAUGAAAAGUUGUGCGAGGAGGACAAAGCGGCAUAAAAAUCAAGGCUACGGUCUUGGAAAACAUGCAUGAAUUUCCUUUUAUUUCUCCUCGUUUAUGACUGGCGAAUAUCCACAUGUCGUGACAGAUAAACAAUGCGAAGAUAUCUCUCUUCUAUUUCUGGGUCUAUCUUCGAUGCGCAGCCGUUGGAAAUAACCAGAUCUUCGUCAUGGUUGUUCGCUUUUUAGACUUCUACCGGAGGCAUAUUUAACCAUUAUAGGAACCCCGCAAUCGAAACAUCUUACGACUCGCCACGCCCAAAUACUCGAACUCCACCAUCUCUCUGGAUAUAGUACAGCAACUCCCUUUCGUCCAGGCUGCCCUCUGCCUCGGUAGUCCAGCCACCGCCACGACUGAUUCUGAGCACUCCGCUCACAUCCCUCGCAGCACCAGUCUCAAGCGUACGGAGCUGCAUCACAGACCGAGCUCUGUGGGCUAUGCCAAUGGCAAACGCCGCAUGUUCCGUCUCAAUGGGCGUAGAUAGCUGAUUCCCAGUAGUAGACGCGUUGUGUAUCAAGGGGGAAUCAGCAGCCAUAGUCAAGACAGUUGCAUGCACAUGCUACAAGACCAG